AGGAACUGUUUAAGUUAGAUGAUAGCCUUAUCUUACUAGAUUCCAACGUGGCAUUUCCUAAUUGGCACAAGUAAAAUCUUCUAAGGGAGAUCUCAGUUUGCCACGUCAGAAGAAGAUAAAAAUCCACUCAUUUUGACCAAAGGCUAUCUCCUAAACGAAUUCUCCAAUCAACACAACAAAAAAUUAGUGAUCGAAGCCCAUGGCGUCUUUUGCAACCGUCGCCGCCGUCAAACCAUCCGCCGCCGUAAAGGGCCUCGGCGGCAGCUCACUCGCCGGAGCCAAGCUCUCCUUUAAGCCUUCCCGCCUAAGCUUCAAACCCAAAUCCAUCAGGUCUGGUGCUGUUGUGGCAAAGUAUGGAGACAAAAGUGUCUACUUUGACUUAGAAGAUUUGGGAAACACAACAGGUCAAUGGGACUUAUACGGCUCCGAUGCUCCUUCUCCUUACAACCCUCUUCAGAGCAAGUUCUUUGAGACAUUCGCUGCACCAUUCACAAAGAGAGGAUUGCUCCUCAAAUUCUUGAUUCUUGGAGGAGGAUCUUUGCUUACUUAUGUCAGUGCUUCGUCCACCGGCGAUGUUCUUCCCAUCAAGAGAGGUCCUCAGGAGAAGCCUAAGCUCGGUCCUCGCGGCAAACUCUAAUUUAGAUCCACGCAUGUUUGUUACCUUCUCUUCCUCCUUCUAAUCUCAGAAACAUAUAUUUCUCAAUACUGCAAACCCUUUAAAUGAUUUAUGUAUAUUCUGUUUCUCUGUUACAUUUGAAACGUUUUGCUCUUCCUAAUUUUACAAAAGAUAUCUUUGUUUUAAGA